ACUUUUUAAUAAUAUAUUUCAUGACACUGUUAUACGAUGUACAUGUAUACCCAAUAUAUUCUGGACUAGUUAAUCAGAGAGCGAUUACAUUUCCGUAAAAGUGACAUUUAGCUUAAUGAAGUACUUAAAAAAACAGGUUUAUUCCGACAGUCUCAUAGGUUUGUGCACAGGGGCUUUGAGUGUUGUCCUGUUGUACAUGGGUGGAACUCUUUCUGAUUUUUCCACUCUUUAACCAUUAACUCAGUGAGUCAUUUCAGUUGUACAUUACGUCUCCUGUUUUUCUUCCAUGCAGCUCAUCCUAAAGGCAAGGGUUCCAAAGUCCAGGGUCAGGAUGUUCGCAGAACUAAGGACAAAGAACAGCCAGCACACAAGCAAGAGCAACGACCAUCACUCUCAAAAGAGGAUGUGUUGAAAAAAUCCCAAGAUUACUUCAAGACAGCUCUUCAGAGAAUGCAGACUAAUCCGGUUUUCACUGGUGGUUAUCCCCUGGCAAUCGCUACCAUGGGACUUGUUGUGAUGCUGCUCACAAUGAUUGAGAGGGCUGAGAUGCAAACCUACUGCACUGACAUGGUGUGUGCCCUGUGGGCAAUACUGACAGCAGGCGAUGGCAAAUUUCUUAAGCCUGAGGCAUCUGCAAUGAUGUGGACAGCAUUCCACAAGUUCAAGCUGGAAAGUUCCUCAGAUUUAAUGAAAUUGCUCAACAGUUUAAAUAUUGACAGCAGUGGAAAGUUUGUUCACAUCACAUACCAGUAUAUUUUGCAGACUGUGUUGUCUUUGAUGGUUAAUGAUAGAUACUCUGUGGACAAUCCAGAUGAAACCGUGAAUGAUAAAGAAACACCCCUUUCAAGAGAGGAGGAGCAGGUCUUGAGAUACGCCGCAGGGUAUAUCCCAUUUGCUCUUAACCAGAAAUUGAAACGACAAAGUAACGAAACUGCAGCAUUUCUAUGCAGUGUUUUGAAAAAGUGGCGUGCUUGUAAAACUGAUACCGAGAAAACAUUCUUAGAGUACACAAAUGAAUGGAUAGAGAAACAGAACAGAGGUGGCUUAUUUCAUGUUGGCGAUGAUGUGUAUAUUUUUUUCCGCACCCUUGAACAUGUUUCUAGACAAUUCUUGACAAGAGCCAACUUGAGUAAAUUCCCUGGAAUGAAUGUCAAAAGUUCUUUGAAAGAAAAGAUACUUUCAGUGAGACGUGUACACAACUAUUGGCAAACGUUAACCCAAGGAAAACUUUCAGGAGAUGUUUCCAAACGAUUCUUGGACAUGGUUCUUAACUUAUGGAUAAAGAUACGGGUAACUGCCUUCAUUAAAGUUUAUCUUGAUUUGAAAAAGUCCAGUGGUAAAGUCUCUAAAAGAGGUGAGAAGGCACUGAGAAAAACCCUGCAACCAUCAACCUUUGUGGAAUAAAUCUACACAACUUUCCACUUCCUGGUUGUCUUUCCACCUUGCUCAGAGUUGGUAACAAAAUUUGGUGGACCAUGACAUUUUUUGUGUACAAAUCUGUGCCUUUCAAUGACAAAAAUUGUACAUAAAUACUUAUAAUUAACAAUAUGCAUAUUUAAGGACCUCAGAAAUCGGAUGUUAAUAAAAUGUUCAUAAUGUUUGAACAUCAACUUCAAGCACCAACUGGACAUUAUGUAAAAAUAAUCUGUACAUGUACUUCCUGUCCUCGGAUGUAUCCUGCUCAUGAAUUUGUACAGUAAGGUUACACUGACAAAUUUCUUUUUGUUAACUAUUUUGUACAUAUAUACAAGUAUUAAAUUAUUUAUUCACCACUCUGGUUCUGUGAGCUCCAUGUUCUUUUUCUGGUCUUCAUGAACUGGUGUUU